AAACUGAUGCUCAGGCAUUAGGAGAUUGGAGAAGUGCUGCUUGCGCAAGUUAAAGCAGAAGAGAAACGGCAAUCAAAUAAAAAGCGGCUGCAGAAACAAAAUAGAACUUUUACUGAAUAUAAGAAAAAAAUGUCUCUUUUCACCAAAGUCUUGACCAGCAGUUGCAAACAGGCGCUUGAGCCUGAGAAAAGGAGUUGCUUUUUUCGUGUGAUUUUUGUCAGCGGGUUUCACCAACUGACCAAACGUUCUAGCAGCCAGACUUUGGAGGUGCAAAAUAACACUACAACAGCAGCUGCUGCAGCAGCAGAAGCAAAGGACAAAGAGGAGGAGAUGGUGGCAGUUUCAGAGGGGGAAGAGGGACUCUUGAAACCCACUCAGCACCACCACUGCAACGUGAAGAGCCUGCAAGAAAUGCCUGGACCCAAAACCCUCUCCAACCUAGUUGAGUUCUUCUGGAAGGACGGCUUUGGUCGCAUUCAUGAAAUCCAGCAAAAACACACUCAGGAGUAUGGAAAGAUCUUCAAGUCUCACUUUGGUCCACAGUUUGUAGUGUCCAUUGCAGAUCGAGACAUGGUUGCCCAGGUGCUCCGGGCGGAAGGUAGAACUCCACAAAGAGCUAACAUGGAAUCCUGGCAAGAGUACAGAGAUUUAAGAGGGAGAGCUACAGGACUUAUUUCUGCGGAAGGGGAGCAAUGGCUAAAAAUGAGGAGUGUACUAAGGCAGAAGGUCCUGAAACCCAAGGAUGUGGCUGUUUUCUCUGAAGGAGUCAAUGAAGUCAUCACAGACUUAAUUAAGAGAAUCCACACGCUCAGGAGUCAAGAGGAAGAUGGGGAAACCGUGACCAAUGUUAACAACCUUUUCUUCAAGUAUUCCAUGGAAGGUGUGGCAACUAUUCUGUAUGAAUCCCGAUUGGGCUGCCUGGAAAACAACAUCCCAGAGAAGACUGUAGAAUACAUUGAGGCUCUGGAGUUGAUGUUUAGCAUGUUUAAGACAACUAUGUAUGCAGGGGCAAUUCCCAAAUGGCUUCGUCCAUUUAUUCCAAAACCCUGGAGAGAGUUCUGCAGAUCCUGGGAUGGACUCUUCAAAUUUAGUCAAAUCCACGUUGACAACAAGAUAAAGGAUAUUCAGUCCCAAUUGGACCAAGGAGAAGAAGUAAAAGGUGGGCUACUCACCUAUCUCCUAUUGAGUAAAGAGCUUACGGUGGAAGAGAUCUAUGCCAAUAUGACUGAAAUGCUUCUGGCAGGAGUGGACACAACUUCUUUCACUUUGUCCUGGGCAACAUACUUGUUGGCAAAGUAUCCUGAAGUUCAGCAAUCUGUGUAUGAAGAGAUAGUCAAUAAUCUGGGAAAAGAUCAAAUUCCCACUUCAGAUGAUGUUCCCAAAUUGCCAAUGAUUAGAGGCCUGCUCAAAGAAACCCUGAGGUUAUUCCCAGUAUUGCCAGGAAAUGGUAGAGUGACACAACAAGACUUGGUUGUUGGAGGAUACUUGAUACCUAAAGGGACCCAGUUAGCACUCUGUCAUUAUGCUACAUCGUAUGAGGAAGAGAAUUUCCCAAUGGCAAAUGAUUUCCGACCUGAGCGCUGGCUGAGGAAAGACAAUAUGGACAGAGUGGAUAACUUUGGUUCCAUCCCAUUUGGUUAUGGCAUUCGCAGUUGUAUAGGAAAAAGAAUUGCAGAACUGGAAAUUCACCUUGCACUGAUUCAGCUGCUUCAAAAUUUUGAGAUCAAAAUUUCUCCCAAAACUAAACCAGUCAAGGCCAAAACCCAUGGACUUUUGACUCCUGGAGACUCCAUCAAUGUGAAAUUUGCUGACAGGAAGUGAGAUUCAAAUGUUUAGGAAAUUUUAGCGUACUCUUCUUGGAAAUUGACUUGCAUCUGAUUGAAAUAUGAUCGUUCUCUUGUCCAUUGGCUUGUGGGCAUUCUUCAAAAUGAUUAAGUCUUAGAUGCUGACCUACUUCUAGAAAUAUGCAAGAGAUGUUAUCCUGUUCAUAGAAGAUAAUUCCACAAGUUCACAUGGAACUGUAUGGAAAUAUAAACUUAAAUACUUCCUUUUUGCACUGGGAGUUACCUUUUCCCUGGAGUAAGUUUUGGAUGAUAGCAAUAGAUGCACUGAAACAACAAUAUCAAGUUUAGACAUAGCAUAUUGUCUUGUGCUUUUGUUAGAUUGCUUAGUCAUGAAAGACGAUCAUUCCUGUGUGUCUGUGUGGUGAUAUAUACUGUUCCCAAAUCUGUAUAUAGAUAUGUUGAUUGACAGUUUGUUUGUUGUCUUCAAUGCCUUUUUUUUUAAUUCUCCCUCUUUAGUUAGUUUUAAAAAGCAUUUACCUGACAUGCAUCAAAAUAAAAUUAAAGCAAUCGUUUGAAACAUAAAGAUAUUGUAAAAAUAUGUGGAAGAUGCUGCCGGUUUGUUUAGACUCAACAAUUAGGAUCUGUUUUUAAAAAUGUUUUUAUAAAACAUAAAGUGAAUAGAAAUAAUAAUUGCCCUAUUCUGUUUAUU